GAUAUCCCGUUCUCCAUCCUUAUUGGCCAUUCUUUCUCCAGUAGUUUUCGUUUUCCAGUUCCGUUCCAGAAUCUAGAUAGGCAAGCACUCGAACGGGAAUGUAACAAACUAAACUAAACCAAGAACAGUCGAAACGAAAUACAAAACAAAACGGUAAACAAGUUCGGAAGUGAUGUACAACGUUCCUAUUCUGUUCCUAAAAACGCGGUAACUUGUGACUUAUGUUUAUACAUUUUAUAACGGUAUUACAAAACUAUGUUGUAAAAUUUAGUGUUUUUUAACUUGCUAAUUUUCGAGAUAUGUAGCGGCAAGUACAGUUUUGGGUUGUUUAUGGUUCAGUGACUCUUUUGUUGAACAUGGGAGUGUGAAGUAACCUGCAUUUUUUAUCGGAGGGAGAAAAAAUAAGAGGUCGAAGAUGGAGCACGCGGAGCUGGUGAGUGAGAUGGCGCACGUGGAACACAUGAGUACGCAGGAGCGACUACAUCUGGCGAGGCGCCGGCGUAACCAGCAGCUGAAGCUGUGGGCGCAGCGGGAGAAGGAAUGGGAGCGGACCAGGCACCGACUGAAGGGCGAGAGAGAGCGUCGGCCCAGGAUAGUGUUCAGUGAUAGCGUCAUGCUGUUGGAGGCUGCCGGCAGGAAUGAUAUACUGGAGGUGCAGAGGUUACUGGAAAAGGGGGUCAGUCCAGACUCAACCAAUGAAGAUGGGUUGACAGCUCUCCAUCAGUGCUGUAUUGACGACAAUGAAGAGAUGAUGAAGCUGUUGCUGCAGUUUGGCGCCAACGUGAACGCUGAGGACAGUGAGAAGUGGACACCCCUGCAUGCUGCCGCCACCUGCGGACAUCUACACCUUGUUCGGUACCUUAUUGACAGUGGAGCAGAUCUGUUGGCUGUGAACGCUGAUGGAAAUAUGGCGUACGAUAUCUGCGAGGACGAGGCCGCGCUGGAGCAUAUAGAGCGGGAGAUGGCUGGCCGUGGCGUGACUCAGCAGCUGAUAGACGAGACUCGCGCACUCACUGAAACCCAGAUGUUGGCAGACCUGACACUAGCUGCCGGCCAAGGCUACGACAUGGAGACAUGUGACGAGCAGGGUGCCACUCCUUUACACAUAGCUGCAGCCAAUGGAUACCUGAGGGUUGUAGAGUUCCUGUUGGAUCAACAUGUCAGCACAGAUGUUCGGGACAAUGACAACUGGCAGCCUGUUCAUGCCGCAGCCUGUUGGGGUCAUCUGGAGGUGUUGGAGCUUCUGGUCCACAAUGGAGCCGACCUCAAUGCGCGAACCAAACAUGAUGAGACUCCUGCAGAUAUCUGCGAAGAUCCCGAGCUCAGAGAGCGAAUCACAGAACUGAGGACGGAGCAGGAGACCAAGCGUGCGGCCGAGGCGAGGCGGCGUGUCAAGCGUACUCAGAGCAACAACACGCGUACACAGUCAGUGCGCCGGACCAGCGUACGUGACAAGACGCUCACCAGCAAAAAAGAUGCGGUAGAGGAGGCAAGGCUUAGACGACAGGCACAGGAGGGCGGCUCAGAAGUGUCACAAACUCCUGUAGACCUAACACCACUAGAACCCCCAACUUCCGCAGAAGAUGAACUUAUCAUUCCGUCUGUAGAGAUACCUCCUGGUUUAGACAUUCCGUACAUAGAGGCCCAGACGGAAGGGGACGGCGAGAGCACCAAUCUAGAGCCCUGCGUUCCGCUCGAGGUCUUCAAGCAGCCUGCUGUGGAUGUCACCGACACUGGGGUGAAGUCAGUGGUCAACGGUGGGGCAGGAUCGGACGGAGGCUGGUCUGAACAUAAUGGAGACCUGCCGCUGACCUUGCCGUCACGUAGGGAGCCCGAAGGAAAGGACAGUGACACGCUGCCUGGUGUUGAGCUGGACAAAGGAUCACUGGAACUACCAACAGAAACCAGCUAUACGACGGAAGGCAACGGCAAGAUCAACAUCCAUGUGUCCGUGACAAUUAAUGCUGGGACGCUUGCUGAGCUGAAGAAGCAGCGAGCGCAGAAUCGCAAUUCGAGCCCAGACAUGUCGGUGCAGCCAAGUGCUCGCUCUUCUAUUUGCGGAUCUGAGCCUGAUCAACCUACAGUCAGGCGUUUUGCCGGUCAUACUGGUGACAACGUCAUCGGCGACGCCAAGGUGCGACGCUGCUGUAUUCUCUCGUAGUCAUCUCUAUGUAUAGGAACAAUCCAAUGCUUUAUGUCAAGAAGGUUAAAGAAUUGGAAAGGAAACUGGGAAAAUUCAGUAGAUGCACUGUUUACGAUGAACUCUUUCCCAGCAUAAUAACCUGAUAUAACCUGUCUCUUAUGAAUCUAAUACAUUUACCGAGGUACAGGCAAUGUUUUUAUCGUUAAUGAUAUCUGUCUGUACAAAUAUUUAAUAUUUACUGAAAAGAAAUACAAUAUUUAAAUAUUUUUGAAGAUGUUUCGUAAGUACUAAUAACACUUUUCAUGUGAUUUAACUUGAGUUUUCUCUUUUAAAAAUAUAACAAUACCUGUUUGUUUCAUUUUAAUAAAUUAAAACAAUAUUAUUUUCAGCAUUAAUUCUGUCAACUACUGUAUGAUCAUGAACAGCUAAAUCCUGGAAUUUUACAAAAAAGAAACAGGAUGUAGGAAAAAGGAUAAGUUACAACACUUUAUUUUGUAAUUAUAUUGGUCAGACAUAAUGGCUGUAGUGCAGUACACUGUAAUAUCUUUGUUUAUAAGCUAAGAACAGCAUUAAUAAAUUAAAUAUAUGACUUUUACUUAUUUUAAAGUAAUUUGCAGUAUUUUCAGAACAGAAAGUUACAGAUAUUUAGUUGUUACUAGAUCUGGUGUAAUUAAUAGAUUCAUACGAGAGGGAGGAAAAAAGCUAGUAAAAUUAUAUGAGUUUUGCUUGUUUCCUUUCGAAUACUUUAACAGUUGUUUAGAAAUCCUCUUAUGUGUUUUUCCAAUGUAUUUUUGUUUUAACAUAAAGGAAC